UCGAGCUCGUCUCGCUCAUUUUCUCACUGUAGCUAGGGUUUUGGGAGCUCUUGUUGGAGACAGAUAUUGGGCUUUUACUUGUUGAAAUUUGAGAAAUGGGGGACAAGAAGAAGCAGGCUACAAUGUUCAUCAGGCUUGUUUCAGCUGCUGGGACUGGAUUUUUCUACGUGAAGAGGAAGAAUCCUCGCAGAAUCCCUACAAAGCUCGAGUUUUGGAAAUAUGAUCCUCGUGUGAAUCGUCACGUUCUGUUCACUGAGGCUAAGAUGAAGUGAUUGAAAUCCUGCUCCACUCCUGGUUAGAACUACUUGUUCUCAUGCACUUAUCUUUGAUCAAUGUUAUGUUGUUAUUUCCUGUAACCAAUUUUCAAACGAAAUUCAGCUCAAUAAGUAUUGUUAUUUCUGCUUAAUUUUGGGUUUGAUGUGACAUGUUUGAUCAUGUAUUUCUGAAACCACUUCAUCUUUAAUUGCAACUAGUCUC